AUGCAUUCAAUGGUUUUGAAUCAAGGCAGAGCUGAUGUGGAUGAUUUUGGACAGGGUUUAAUUCGAAAUAUUAUAUACAGGAUGUAUCAGAGAGGUGAACGGACUUCAAUAAUGUCAGUUUUACCAGUAGUGAAGGGUAAUAAAGACAUAGGAUUUUCAGGAAGUGAUAUUUAUUUGCGAAUGAUACUUCUUUCCAUGGGAUUUAAAGAAAAGUGGAAUAAAGAACAAAAAUGUGAUGUACUCAAAGAAAAUAUGGAAAUUACUCUUCAAAGAAGUAAUUUUUUAUGUGCAUUCACUUCAUUAAAAAAGCAAGGUAGUUCAUUUGUAUAUUUGGGCGAGACUUCAUUUUAUUCACAAGGGCAUGCUCCCAAUGAGUAUUCUGAGGAUUCUGAUGAAGAAAUACAAGAAAAUGUUGUUUUACAUGCCGGAGGUGAAAAAGGAUUUAUUGAAGGGGCUGAAUGUGUAUUAGAGAGCUCUAAAGCUACUAUCACAGCCGAAAUGUUUAAUAAGUGGAUCAAGGAGAAACUGCUACCAAAACUAAAAGAACCAUCGAUCAUUAUAAUGGAUAAUUCAUCUAUUCAUAAUUUCCCGAUGCCGAAGAAGCCUUCAAACACAUGGAGCAAAGAUGCCCUGCGAGAUUUCCUAUCUGCUCAUAAUGUAUCAUUUCAUCCAGAAUCUACUUAUCAGGUUCUUCUUCAUCUGUCUCUAACUAUCGUGGUCAAGGAAAGGUAUGAAGUGGAUGACAUUAUCCAAACAGCUGGACACCAGGUUCUACGUCUGCCCCCCUUCCACUGUCACUAUAACCCUAUUGGGUUGGUGUGGAGAGAUUGUAAAAGAUACUAUGAAAGCAUUAGAGAAACACGAUGUGCAGAUAACAGUAAUAUGGAAAAAUGGAAAGAAGCAUUACAACAAGUGACUGCUGAAAAAUGGAAGAACUUUGUGAUGUAUACAGAAAAGAUUAUUGAAGAAGAUUGGCAUCAAGAAUUACAGUUUGAUGCUGAGCAACAGAUUGUUAAAAUCGAAAUUCCUCAACCUGAUGAUGAGAUCUGUCCGGAUCCUUCUAAACAAACUUCUAGCAGUUUAAACAAAAGAUGAAGAGUUCUGGUUAAUUUCAAGAUGUACAUUCAUUUUGGAGAAAUGACUACCAAAGUUUUUGUGACCAACUGCUAAGGAAUCUUUGAAGAUGUGUCAAGUGAGUGUGUUCGGCUAAAUGUUUUGUGAAAAGAAAGAACAUGGUUUGAAUUAUUAGAAAAAAUAAAAAAGGAAGAAAAAAAAUGUUGAAGAUACCAGAUUUUUUAAGAAAUAAUUUGACUACUAAUAUAAGAUGUCGAAAUUAGAUUAUUCUAUGCUUAUUGAAAACCUUUCUAUCAUUUUAAUUAUGUAUUAAAUUAUAAGUACUCAUUCUUUUGUUGCUAAUAAAGAUAAAAAUGUAGCUGUAGUUGCUUGAUGUUAGACUUUAUAAUGGUUUAUUGGUAAUUGGGGUUGAAUAAGUUUUACAUAUAGAUACAUUUUUUAAAAUUUACAAUGAAUACAUUUGAAAUAGUUUGUCUCCACUUGUGACAAAUUUAAGGAAAACUAGUUUGAUAGCGUAACAUUCUGAUUCUUCAAUGGUUCUUUCACAUUCUUUAUCCACUCCCUUUCUUUGGUGGAUGCAAUCUUAUAUCAAUGUUAAUUUUUUUCAUUUGUCUGUUGCAAAACAUUCAUACUCGCCUGGGGUCAAACCGAAGUCGUGGGUCCUCGCCAAUCAGCACAUUGUGUAACAAAAUCUCAGUUAUGAUUUUCAAUUUCACUUUAUACAGCACCAUUUACCAUAUUUACCCAAAUAUAAGACAACCCUCUUAUUUUGAAGAGACCUGAGAAUUUUAAAAAAUGUUAACCAAUUCUUACCAUUUAGUCAAAAUAAAAUUACAAAGUGUCUCGACUAGAAAAUUGCCUGGUUGAUGAGAAAGUUAAGAGUUAUUACUGAACUAUUAUUUUCUUGUACCUUAAUAUCAUAAUCAUGGUUUUUGUCACUACCCUUAUCAUCUUUACAAGU